AUGCCCGCUUACUUUUAUCACCUCAAUGUUCAGGUCCUCUCAAAUAGCCAAGAUAUCCCAACAUCCACUGCUUCCCCUCUGGCCUUGCACUCUGCAAGGGAAGCUUUCCAACCAUUCCAACCAAGCAGGUCUCCAAGCUCCAGUCGCUUGUCACCACUAUCAGGGACAAGCGCUGGAGAUAGCCAGGCGCUGAGCACACAUCAAAAUCUCUCGUAUCGCCAAAAAAAUCACUCUCCCUUCUCCUCGCCGGCUACCACAACCGCACCCCGAACCAGCUCCUCCGGCUCCUCGCCAAACACCUUAUCCUCAACCUGUUCCACACCAAGCUCCGAAUUCACACCUGGAACCCUCAAAUCUGACAAGCGCUUUGACGCAAUCUCGAUAGAGUGCAUUGACAUGGUCGCCCCACCAAAAGACCCCACAAAACGCACCUCAAAGCGCAGCUCCGCCCAAGAACCGGAGAACCUAGUAGCAGCCGGAAUCGGUACCGACAUCCUAGGCGGACUGCGCACAAAAGGCCGCUACAUUCCUCUCGAUCAACAAGUCACCGAUAGCAUCUGGGGAAUCGUCCACCUCUACCGCGACGCACAGGAAACGCCCUACCUCGCCCGCGAUGACGACUACCCCACCUACCUAAAGGGAUCUGCCGCUGCUGCACGCAACCCGGGCGAUCAGCAGGCUACACUAAGGGGGGAUUUGGCCGGUGCUGCUCCGGCGGGGGGUUCUGCUGCGGGGGCUACGGCGUAUCCGUUCCCUGCGACUGCUUCUUCGUCUGCGCUGCAUCCUGAUGAGGAUUGUACUACUCUGUGCAUCCUCGCUGUGCCGUCUUAUUUGUCCCCUCCUGACUUUCUGGGGUUCGUCGGAGAGGAGACUAGAGAUGAGGUUAGUCAUUUCAGGAUGAUUAGGACUGCGCGGGCGAAUCGAUAUAUGGUUUUGAUGAAGUUUCGGAGUGGGAGGAAGGCGGCUGAGUGGCAGAAGGAGUGGAAUGGGAAGGUAUUCAAUAGUAUGGAGCCUGAAACUUGCCAUGUUGUGUUUGUCAAGACUGUUGAGAUCCAGGUUGUGGAACCGGAGUCUUCAGAAGCUUUUUCGCCAGAUGAACAUGGUGCUCUGUCGCCUAAUCUCUCCACUCCUACUCGGCCUCCAGUUACUUCUGCUGGACAGGCAACUCUCACUGGGAAGCCUCUCGCACCACCUACUCCCGCUUUGAUCGAAUUGCCAACAUGUCCCGUUUGCCUAGAGCGAAUGGAUGAGACAACAGGGCUACUUACUAUCAUCUGUCAACACGUCUUUCACUGCACCUGUCUACAGAAAUGGAAAGGCAGCGGCUGCCCUAUCUGUCGAUACACACAAGACGACUUCCGCAAAAGCAACGCAGAUGCCGAAGCCGACGCUGAGCCCCAAGAAUGCGCAGUAUGCCACGCAGACAUGAAUCUCUGGGCCUGUCUAAUCUGUGGAACCGUCGGCUGCGGCCGUUACGACGGCGCCCACGCCUUCGAACACUGGAAAGAAACAGCCCACGCCUUUUCGAUGGAUCUCACCACGCAACGAGUAUGGGACUAUGUAGGCGACUCCUACGUCCACCGCAUAAUUCAAAGCAAAACAGACGGCAAGCUGGUCGAACUCCCAGCAGCAGACCACAGCGCCCUCGACCCACCAGACUGGAGCGACGCCGUACCCCGAGAGAAACUCGAAAACAUGAGCGUCGAAUAUACCCACCUCCUAACCAGCCAAUUAGAAAGCCAACGCGCCUACUUCGAAGAAGUUGUCGAACGCGCCGUCGACAAAGCCUCCCAAGCCAGCGCCGCAGCAGUCGCAGCUCAAAUCUCUGCUCGCACCGCCUCCUCCCAGCUCGAAGACCUCCAAUCGAAAUAUGAUACCCUCUCACUAGAAACGAUUCCAUCAUUGGACCACGACCGUUCCCGCGCUGAGAAACGCGCGGAAAAAUUCGAGGCGUUGGCAAGAAUGUUCGAGAAGAAUUGGCAAGAAGAGAAAUCUAUGAACGGGAAUAUGAUGCAGCGGCUUAAUCUUCUUGCAACGGAGGUUGAGGGGCUGAAGGCUUCCAAUGCUGAUCUUGCUGAGCAGAACCGUGAUCUCACUUUCUUUAUUAGUGGGUCGCAGCGCUUGCAGCAUCAGGGUGAGGAGGUUACGGAGGGGACGGUUAGUGUUCCUGAUCCUCCUAAGAAGAAAUCCAAGGGCAAGGGGAAGGGUAAGAAGUGA